ACUGAUGGAGCCGCAGCCAUGGUCGGGCGCGUCAAAGGCUUCGUAAGUAGGGUCAAAGAAAAAAACCCGGAUGUUAUUGUUACGCACUGUUUUUUGCACCGUGAGGCACUCGUUGCAAAGACCUUACCAGCAGAUCUAGCUCCUGUUUUGGAUGAUGUUGUGCGCAUAGUGAACUUUGUGAAGACGCGACCUUUGAAAUGUCGCUUAUUUGCGUCUUUGUGUGAGGAAAUGGGAGCGGAACAUAAAGUGUUAUUGCUCCACACGGAGGUCCGGUGGCUGUCGCGCGGCAAAGUGCUUGCCCGUGUGUAUGAGCUGCGAGAGGAACUUAAAGUAUUUCUGACAAACGAGAGGUCCGAUUACUCAAAGCUGCUUGCAAGUAAUGAGUGGUGUGCAAAGCUGGCAUACCUGGCUGAUAUAUUUCAUCAUCUGAAUGAACUGAACACACGGAUGCAAGGCCGAAAUGAAAAUCUGCUUACAAGCACUGAUAAAAUGAAUGGAUUCCGUUUGAAGUUGCAGCUCUGGCAACAACAUGUGCAGCGUGGCAACCUUGAAAUGUUCCCAUUCACCGAGAAACUGCAUGAUGGCAACACUGCUGCAAUGUGCGAAGUGAUUGGCACACAUUUGAAAACUCUUGAGAAAAAGUUGUUAUUUUAUUUCUCUUCAGCCUUCACAGAAUGCCUUGACUUGGUCAGGGACCCAUACUGCUCAGCAUCCAUUGCUGGUAAGGACAUGACUUUAAAGGAGCAAGAGGAACUCAUUGAACUGAAACAAGAUCGGGGUUUAAAGCUAAACUUUGCUGAUCUUCCUUUGGACAGUUUUUGGUUAUCUGUUGCCAAGGAGUUCCCCAUUCUGGCCAACAAAGCCAUUUUGACAUUGCUCCCGUUUUCAACCACAUAUCUAUGUGAGCUGAGCUUCUCAAGCUUGACUGUGAUAAAAACUAAAAACAGAGAGAGACUGACAGCUGUUGAGGAAGAGCUUCGUGUGUGUCUUUCUACCAUUUCUGCCAGGAUAUCCAUUUUGUGUUCAUCGAAACAGGCCCAGGUUUCACACUAGGCCGAGGACGCCCAAGCUG